UGGAUCGAAGUGGCGUGAAAAGAGUGUUCCUCGUCACAGGAAGCAGACUGCGGAAGUGUUGUAGAAUGUGUAGGUGAUCGUUUCAGUAAAUGUUUUGCUUUAGCAGUUUAGUGCAAUGUCUAAACUGUACACUGAGAAACUGACCAGGCUCUACGAGCGGUAUCGGGAGUACGUCACGAAGAACCCUGCAAGGACUGGACAACUGGAGAGCACCGUAAGAACGCUGUCGUACCUCAUUUCAGGUGACUUUAAAAGUGAAAGCCAAAGCGGGUGGCUUGCCGCGUUCAUAAACAACGGAAAAAUACGAGGUCAAAUCAUGACGUCAGUGAUCUUCUGGUCGGAGAGUCGGAGCUUUAGAAAGAGGCCCGAGUUUCCGAGUUGGAUGACCGUUUAAAAAAAAAAAAUCUUCCGAAUUCCCAGUUAUCUUGAACGCUCGGAAGUCGGAGAUUUCUGAGUUCCCAGUUGUUCUGAACGCGGCAUAGGUCCUCUGAAAUGUAUCCAACUGGCCAAGUUAAUUGCCUAACGUUACAACUCUUCCCAAAACAUUUACCAUGCAUCGCCUGAUGUCCCUCUCACCACUACAAUCUCCUGUUUGACCAUGAAAACAAAUUAUUGUUAUUCUCGAAUUCAGAAAAAAAUCACUGCUAUGCAUCUGGUGCAGAACAUUAUCCAGAGUGCAAAUUUUAAAUGGAACUAUUUGUUACAUGUUGUUGUCAGUAUGCCUAAAGAGUGCAUUGGCUGUAGGCCCGUGUAGAGCCUGGGAUGGCCCAUGGCAGGCAUAACUCCACCUUAUGAAAUGUAAUUAUUAUCAGAAAUAUUUAGCUAAGUUCUUUGAUUCGUUCUCUGUUUAAACAACAUUACAACAGUUUGACAUACCGUCAGUUCUCAAGUGUUUUUGUCUAUUUCACAGGGCGAUUUACUGACUCCCACGAAAUCUCUGAAUUGGGUAGGUUAGGACCUCACUUUACCUCACAGUUAACGUUUUAUUGGCUGCAGUAUAACCCCUCACCAUGAAUCCAAAGCAUUCAGGAACUUCAACUGGUGGGUCAGUUUGUUGUUGUUGUGUUUUUCAGUGUACUCUGCCUCCAACCUGCUGGUGCUGCUUAAUGAUGGCAUUCUGCGCAAAGGGCUGUGUCGCACCCUACCCAUGGUGAGGUCCAGCUCCACCAGGUCAAUCACAAUAGUCUAACCUUACCCAUGGUGAGGUCCACAAUAGUCUAACCUUACCCAUGGUGAGGUCCACAAUAGUCUAACCUUACCCGUGGUGAGGUCCACAAUAGUCUAACCUUACCCAUGGUGAGGUCCACAAUAGUCUAAAUAUGUGCUGGGUCGUGUUCAUUGGGCACAAAAUGGAAGAAAACGCUCUGAAACAGGGAAGUGACUGUGCUAUCGGAACGGACUGUGAAAUCCCUGACCCUGUGUGUGUGUGUGUGUGUGCACGCGGUUGUGUUUGUUCAGUCUCUCUCUCAGCAGAGGCUUCUCACCUGGCUGUCAGUGGUGGAGUACAUGGAGGUGUUCCUGGAGAUGGGGGCCACCAAGCUGUGGGGGGAGGGAGGUCGCUGGCUGGUCAUAGUGCUCAUCCAGAUCACUAAGUAAGGAAAGAAGGAGCCCCUCAUGGAGUAAUAUCUAACCAACGCUUUAACUUGAUCCCUUUUGAUCGCUCUACAAAAUGCUGUAUAAUGCGCAAAGUAGACCAAACAGUUAUGAGAUAUGCAUUGAUACGUGGAUUAGUAAGGGCCAAUGAGAUAUGCAUUGAUACGUGGAUUAGUAAGGGACAAUGAGAUAUGCAUUGAUACAUGGAUUAGUAAGGGCCAAUGAGAUAUGCAUUGAUACGUGGAUUAGUAAGGUCCAAUGAGAUAUGCAUUGAUACGUGGAUUAGUAAGGGCCAAUGAGAUAUGCAUUGAUACGUGGAUUAGUAAGGUCCAAUGAGAUAUUCAUUGAUACGUGGAUUAGUAAGGUCCAAUGAGAUAUGCAUUGAUACGUGGAUUAGUAAGGGCCAAUGAGAUAUGCAUUGAUACGUGGAUUAGUAAGGGCCAAUGAGAUAUGCAUUGAUACGUGGAUUAGUAAGGUCCAAUGAGAUAUUCAUUGAUACGUGGAUUAGUAAGGUCCAAUGAGAUAUGCAUUGAUACGUGGAUUAGUAAGGGCCAAUGAGAUAUGCAUUGAUACGUGGAUUAGUAAGGGACAAUGAGAUAUGCAUUGAUACAUGGAUUAGUAAGGGCCAAUGAGAUAUGCAUUGAUACGUGGAUUAGUAAAGGCCAAUGUCAGCCUGUAGAUUGUCUCUGAUUGUUGAAAAACGUCAUGGUUACUGGGAUGUUAUGUUGCAUGGUGUUACCUUCCAUUUCCCUCCUUCCACCUCACCCCCCUCUCUCUGUUCUUCUUCUCCCUGUCCAGAGCCAUCCUGCGCUUCCUACUGCUGUUCUGGUACAAAUCUGGCAUGCAGACUUCCCCUCCUAUUACCCCACUGGACAGGGAGGCACAGGGAGGCAACGGUAACAGAAGUCAGGAGUUUACACGUCGGACAUAUUUUAUGUUUAACUCAUUUUCUUUUUUAUGCAGGGUGUCUGGCAGAUACCGCUUUAUCCGAACAAUACAACUUAAACAUGACUCUUUGUUAAUUUGAUUCAAAACAACUUUGGGGCAGUUUUGUGUCUGCUUCUUGUUCCACUAUCUCAUUGGCUAUAACCAAUGAGCCAAUGUCCUGGGUCGCACCAGGACCGGACCAUAUACUGCAGAGUUCACAAUCUAGACAACCUGGAACUAAAUAUAUUUCUGUACCUCUCCCUCCUUACAGAUGAGGACCAUGAUGACCACCAGGAUGACACCUCCUUCGUGGGACAGCGGUCAGGGAGGGUGAUGAGGCCGUUGGGCAGUGGUAAGACCACACACACUACACGUUCCAUAUCAAUGCUUGCAUUCAGGACAGUGCCAAAACUAUUUAUCAGGAAUUGACUAUCUGUCCCUUGCCUCUCUCUCUCAGCCCCCUCUCUGCAGGCCCGUCUGUGGGGAGCCCCCAGUAGGGAGAAGAGGUGUGGUGUGGAGGAGGAUCUGUUCUCUAGUCCCACUGCCCUGGGGGUCCAGGAGACCAUAGCAGAGUCCAUGUACAUCGGACGCCCACUGGUACACCGUAUCCUUCCUACUCUGGGACUCUGCCAUAGAGACACCAGAGAAAGAAACAUGCACAAUGCCAUCACAUGAUUACUGCCUUUAUAGAUGAUGGUCUGGUAUGGCAGGUAUAAAGUACAUUGGUUAAAAUGGUUGCAUGAUUCCAUAUCAUAACUCUGUAUGGCCUAGAAGCAUUCUGUUCAUCUUAACAGCACGUCCCUUACUAGUGGAAUACUGCACUGAAUGUACAGUAUACUAGUAUUUGACCUAAUCAAUGGUAAAUAGAACUGCGACCUCAAGGAUCUCUCAUUCUUACUCUAGUCAGUCUAUACUUUGAAAUGUGUUACUUCAGAGAGUGUGUGUGUGUGUUUUCCUCAACGCUGCUCCCAAACACAGUGCUCUGCCUGGGAAUGUGUGGGAGGGGCUCCUGGAAACCGUGGCUCAUCUCUGGAGCCAUGGAGAUGACCAGGUAACCAUGCUCUCUUCUCUUUACACUCAAAUGUGUUAAGAGGAAUCACAAAAUAAAUACACACACUGACUGGACACAUGAUAUAUGCAUGAUAUGUGUACCACUAUUAAAACAUAAUAGCUGUACACAUACUCUCCUAUACAGGCCAUGUAAAAGCAGUGUCAUGAAGGAGGCACUGAAACAUGAGUGAGAUAAAGAGGGAUCCCCUGGUCUGUUCUCUCCCCAGUUUUGGUUUGAUGAGUGACACUAAAUCUCUGAACCGGCGGGAGAGGGCGGAGCUGAGGAGGAGAGCCUUUCUGCUUCUGUACUACCUGCUCCGGUCCCCUUUCUACAACACGUUCUCUGAGUAAGUAGAAUCAGAUCUACAACACAUUCUCUGAGUAAGUAGAAUCAGAACUACAACAGAUUCUCUGAGUAAGUAGAAUCAGAACUACAACACAUUCUCUGAGUAAGUAGAAUCAGAACUACAACAGAUUCUCUGAGUAAGUAGAAUCAGAACUACAACACAUUCUCUGAGUAAGUAGAAUCAGAUCUACAACACAUUCUCUGAGUAAGUAGAAUCAGAUCUACAACACAUUCUCUGAGUAAGUAGAAUCAGAACUACAACACAUUCUCUGAGUAAGUAGAAUCAGAUCUACAACACAUUCUCUGAGUAAGUAGAAUCAGAUCUACAACACAUUCUCUGAGUAAGUAGAAUCAGAACUACAACAGAAUCUCAGAGUAAGUAGAAUCAGAACUACAACACAUUCUCUGAGUAAGUAGAAUCAGAACUACAACAUUCUCUUGAGUAGGUAGAAUCAGAACUACAACACAUUCUCUGAGUAAGUAGAAUCAGAACUACAACACAUUCUCCGGCUAGAUAAAUUAUUUACCAUAAUGACCAUUGGAACAUGGCAUAUUUUCUGGCAUAUGUGUGCAGAUUUUUAAACCUUUCGUUUAACGUAGGACAAAAAUCCUGUUCCUACUCCGAUUUCUGGCAGACUACGUUCCUGGCGUCGGGCUGGUUGCUCGUAAGUGUUUACUUUUAUAGAAACCAAGUAUUUGAUCCAUUGUUUACCUUUUUGUUGGUGGUCCACUGUCUGCUGACAUGCAGUGUGGCUUCCAAGUUCUGCCAGUCUGCAUCUUGUCAGUUCAUGUGUGCAUUGUCCUGCUUGGCUUAACUUUAUCCUCCACUUGUCCUUCCAGGCCCUCUAAUGGAUUACCUACCCAUCUGGCAGAAGAUCUACUUCUAUAACUGGGGCUGAGGGCAGGAGGUGGAAGGUCGGAGGUCGUUGAAGGUCACCUGGCCAACUGGAUAGGGAUCGACACUAAAGAGGGAGACCCUCAGUAAAAUACUAUACAGAGCCAGAGACACACAGGGAUUCAAGUCCCCACAGACCCGCUGGUUAAUCUGCUCUAUUUCACCUGGGACCCUCAAAUGAGAUCAACAUGCAGUUCUGUUGCUAGGGCAUGCCAGA